AAGCUCGUCACCCCGACCAGCCAUGGAGGACUACACGCCGGUGGACGAGGACUUCCAAGGUCGGCUGCUACAUCAGGCCGCCCUCUGGGACAAUGCGGAGCUCCUCGAGGACCUGCUACGGGGUGACUUAGCCGAGUACAUCAACAGCCAAGACUCAUGGGGUCGGACAGCUCUACAUGCAGCCGCCAUUACCGAGAGCUCGCGUUGCCUCGAGGUCCUGUUACGCGCGGGUGCCAACGCAAAUCUGUCAUGCGGUCCCCGAGGCCAAUAUCGUGUGCCCCUUCAUAUAUGCGCCGAACACGGACACGCCUCCAACAUAGAGAAACUCCUAGAAUACAAGGCCAACCUCAGCCUCACCGACAGCUCCGGCUUCACGGCCCUUGGCCUUUGCGAAAAGAACGAGAACGGCAAGUGCUCCGAGAUCCUGAAGGAAGCCAUCGAGAAAAAGAAAAAGGCACGAUUAGAGACGCACGCGGCUCUAAGACAGGCGUGCAUGCAAGGCGACUGCGUUGUCGCUCGGAUGAUUAUUCAAGAGCUCACGGCAGCCGACCUCGAGCACACUAUAAACUUGGCCCCGAGCGGUGCCAACACCCUCCUCUUCGUCGCUUGCGAGACCGGUCAGCGCGACGUGGUGAAGCUCCUGCUGGACCACGGGGCCGACUGCACCAUACACCCGGUCACCAAAUACUGUCCUCUCUAUAUCGCUUGCUACAACGGCAAAUUGGACAUUGUGGAGCUGCUACUCAGACAGUUCCCCAAGCAGGUGCAGGCACUGACGGUCGAGCGGUGGCUGCCCAUCCACGCGGCCACUAUUAACGGCCAUUACGCCGUAAUCGAGCUCCUUCUCAAGUUUGACUAUCCGGCGGACUUGUAUCAGAGAUUCAAGGACCCUACUGGUGAGUAUGAAUAUGAAAUGCCAUUCGACAUCAACACUCAGGAUGUCACCGACCACAACAUCCUUUACAUCUCGAGUAUCCUUGGCAAUGUUAAGAUAGUCGAACUCUUAUUGAACUACAAAGUAAAGACACGGAACGUGAAGGAUGAAGAGUCCACCAGCAGUUCUAUGCCGGUGCCCAUGGCCAAGAGACGUAUAUCCAGUGGUAUACAACGACUAAUGUCCAGUCUGAAUUUCAUGGGUCGUUCUGGUGAAAAGAAGGAUGAAAAUCUCAUGUGUCCACUGAACUUGGAUUUGUAUUGUAAUAAUAACACGUAUACAGCGCUGCAUGCAGCAGUUAAGGCCAGACACACAGACGUCAUUAACGUACUUUUACAGGCGGGAGCGAAUACGAAUCUCCCGGUUAAACAUCAGCACGAACCGAAUGAUUCGGACAGCGCUUACACGACGGUCUUGGCGAUGGCCUGCCAGAACCGAGAUGUCAAAAUCGUCGAAAUGCUACUGAAGCACGGAGCCAUCGAUAACGACUGUUCGGCUCUUAAAAUUGCCGCUCGCAACGGCGAUGAGAUACUCACCGCCAAGCUGCUCUCGAUCAAAGCUUACCCGGACGCAGAGUACAAAAUUAAUAAGAAAGCAAUGACCGAGGGUACCCAGACGUCCUCGCACUUCUCUGCCCUCUCGAGCUUUGGUGGUGUUAACUGCUCCAUCGCGUUUCCAACUAUUCCUACGAUGAUCAAUUGGCACGAUCAACAGUGCAGAUUGUCACAAAUUAGGUCGCAAUGGCUGAUCAACGCCGUACUUCAUGUCAAUAAGAAGUUAAGCGCAAAGAAUAACGAACUGCUCUAUGCUAUCACGAGGAUCGACAUAUCGCAGAAUUCAAUAACCACGGUGCCGUCCACAAUUUUUUACCUCCAGAGCCUUAGGUACCUCAAUAUGGCUCAAAAUAAAAUUGAGGCUUUAACAGCAGAACCCAAGAAUCCCAAGAGCAAGCUGUGUCCGAUUCUCGAAGAGGUCUAUCUCCAGGAUAACCGUCUGGAGCAACUACCCGAAUUCAUCCUUGAUAUGCCAUCUCUUGAAAUUAUGGAUGUGUCAAAUAACAAGCUGCAAUGUUUGCCCGAGAACCUCUGGCGUGCCCCAAAACUUAAAGAGUUGAAUGCUUCGUUCAAUCUGUUACGUGACCUACCCAGCCAUAUAUUCCAAAAUGUAGGCAGAAAGAGCAGGGAAGAUUCACUCACGAGUAGUCCGAGCAUUAGAAAUCUGUCGACGCAAUUCUCCCUGCCGCGGGACGAGUCAGUGGAAUUCGAUUCCUAUUAUUCAAGGAUAGCGAACGCAAGGAUCAUGGAGAUGGAGAGACCGUUUAUGUGGACCAAAUCCGUGCAGGUAACGGAAAAGAUUUCGGACGACAUCGAGCAGACAAGCAAUAAAUCUGCCUUGGCUUCGUUAAAUUUAGCGCAUAAUCUUUUUAACAGUAUUCCUGUAGCCCUACCUUGUCUAGCGGUAAGCUUGGUAAGAUUAAACAUGGCAUAUAAUUCAUUAAGAUCAAUGAGCCACAUCACCUCGUAUCCAGCAACUUUAAAGCAGCUUGAUUUGUCCAACAAUCAAAUUUCUUGCUGGCCAAGUCUUCCGCAGGUGGAUGGCGCAGAUGAAAUGGAACAAGCAAACACAGCGUGUUAUUUUCCGACAACUUCAGUUCAAUCACCGAUAAUGCCAGCAAAUCGGCAAACUACAAAUUCAUUACGCGACGUCAUUCUUAUGUCUGUUUGCAAUCAUCGGCGCCACCUACGCCUAGAGAACCUACGAACCCUCGUCCUAGCUAACAACCUACUCACAAGGAUACAGCUAACGUCAAUCGAUGACGGCGAAUUAUCCUAUGUUUCCGAUGAUGAUUCCGAUAAAGAUUCAAAAUCCAAUCAUUCGACAUCUAAGAUGUAUCUAUUAUUUCCGAACGUUAGCAUGCUCGACGUGAGCAAUAAUCAGCUCAAGGAAAUACCUCCGAAUAUUUAUGAGCUUAACAAUUUAUCCGUACUGAAUGUUAGCGGUAACAGUGAUAUUAACGAAUUGCCACCACAGAUGGGCCUUCUCUCAAGGCUCUGGAAUCUGAAUACUCAAGGAUGUAAACUCCAGGAGCCUUUGAAAUCAAUGAUAGAAUCUAAAAAAUUCAAGACAAUGGAUGUCAUAGGUUAUUUAAAAUCUGUAUUGGAGGAUGCGAAGCCAUAUGCCCGCAUGAAACUUAUGAUCGUUGGGAUUCAGGGGAUAGGUAAAACAAGUCUCCUCGAACAAUUGCGACAGGAGGGCGAAAUACCGAAUAAGAAAAAAGCUUCCGACCAUUGGGCCAAGCGAAUGGGUAAUAAGAACAUAAAUUCCAAGACCGCUCGUGGUACUACCAUAUCCACUGUCGGCGUAGAUAUCGGCGACUGGUUGUACGAGAAGAAAAUGCGCGGACACUCGUCGCAUGGACCCGUGUAUUUCCGCACUUGGGACUUCGGAGGUCAACGCGAGUAUUAUGUUACACAUCAAUACUUUUUAUCUAAGCGUAGCUUAUAUCUUGUCGUCUGGCGUAUCAUCGACGGCUUCAAGGGUGUCAAUGAAAUAUUUCAAUGGCUCGUCAACAUCCAGAGUCGCGCUCCGAAUUCACCAGUUAUCAUUGUAGGCACACAUUAUGAUAUUUCCUACGACCAAAGUGAAGCCCUUCAACAAUACAUACGCGACAAGUUUAUUAAUGUUGUGGAUGCCGAAAAAUGCGGCUUGCCAAAAGUAAUGGAAACAAUUGAGAUCAGCUGUAAGACUAGACAUAACAUCAAGAUGCUGUGCAAUUUGAUUUAUGACGUAGUCUUCAGUUUGAGAUCUCCAGGAUCGAAAGAACUCCUGCUGGAACAGAGAGUUCCCGCGAGUUAUCUAGCUCUCGAAGACGUAGUCAUACAAUUAGCUCAUGAACGAAAAUUGUGUGGUGCGGAUCCUGUCCUGAAAGCUGAUCAAUACUACUCGACGGUUAAUAGUGAGCUACAUAAAUUGCACAGAUCCUUCAGAGAUCCCGCUGAGCUGCAUCAAGCUACAUUAUUUUUACAUGAAAAUGGGAUUAUCUUGCAUUAUGACGAUGCCACGUUAAAAGAUUUAUAUUUCCUCGAUCCUCAAUGGUUAUGCGAUAUGCUUGCGCACGUGGUGACGAUUCGAGAAAUCAAUCCAUUUGCGAGAUCGGGAAUUAUGAAACUGGAUGACAUACAACACGUAUUUAAAUCGUCCAGAAUAUCCACCGCAGAUACUCAGGGUUAUAUAGUGAGUUUAUUGAAUAAGUUCGAAGUAGCUCUAACUUGGGAUUAUAGAACGCUGCUUAUUCCAUCUCUAUUGCCUACAGAAGAAGAUCUUUUACGAAGUAAUAUAAUCAUAAAGAUUCCGGUAAAAUCUCGUAACUGGCACAUGAGAACAAAAAUGAUAACGUCGCCAAUGAUCUCUUUUGGACAAACGCCAAAUACCGAAAAAAUUAAUAACAGUGCCGAAAACAUACUAACGUCCAGAGCACAACCGGAUUGUUCGAUUUCCCGUCUUUUACUCAUGUCCUAUUUUCCCAGUGGUUUUUGGUCACGACUCAUUACCCGUAUUCUCGCCGAUGAUACGAUUGUCGAGAUUGUAAUGUCCUUCCUGACACCUUUCAAGGACUUUGUCGACGAUAAAAUUUUCACAGCAUUACUUGAAAUUCAUGCGGAAUGGAUUCUCUGGCAGACUGGUAUCGAACUUCGUUAUGCCGGUAUUACACUACUCCGCCUUAAAGAAAUCAACUAUAAUUUUCGCAAUUUACCAUACGACUACAGGCAACAUAAAUUCAAGUUAAAACAAGAUGGCAUCUGGUGUUCCGUCGAUCUGAAGAAUUCAGCCAUCCUUGAGAUUUGGUUCCCCGUAGACACUUUGGUCAUUAGGCAACCAAUACCCUCCACUGACUCGGAGGACGAUGAAGAGCCAAUGGGCUAUCAAGCAAUUGUUGUCGAGCCACAACCGGAGAGUAUGCCACAACUUCUUGCCCUAAUCGUCGAUCACAUCGAUAUUUUACUGGAGGACUGGUAUCCAACCUUAGGAACCAGAUUCGUACAUACGUCCGAGGGUAAGCUAUUGGUCACAAGAUUGAUCCCCUGCCCACGGUGUUUGAUAGAUCACGGAGAUAACGAAAGCGAAUCGUUCAACGAUUCCGAGCAAUCAUCCGAGGAGAUGCCCAGGUACUAUAUGAACAAAGAACGACAAAGUCAAGACAGCUACAAAUCUGAUGGUGAUAGUGGAGUCGGUUACGACAGCUCGACUUCCAGUCGUAUGCCAUCUCUAGAGGGUCAUCCCGACGUUUCGAAAAAUUUUUCAGAUUUAUCCGAAGAAAAAAUUAUUUAUUCCUGGAUGGUAGAGGAGUGUAUCCUCGCGGCUUAUAGCAAUAAAUCUAUCAGCUGUCCAAAGCAUUCCGAUAUCUCGCUCUCACAAGUUGCCCCGGAUAUUAUCUUUAUGGAUCUAGGCUUCAAACAUCUCAUAAGAAGCGACGAUAUGAAACGAGGAAAAAUGCUCGGACGCGGUGCUUUUGGGUUCGUCUUUAAGGGCACGUGCAAACUACCAGGCAAAAGCCAACGCUCCGAUGUGGCCAUGAAGAUGUUGCAGCCAGUGCCACCAGGACCCAAUUCCAAGCAGUCUGCAGUGCUUGCUUAUAAGGCCGCGCAGAGCAAAUGGGACAGGGAUCCCCUGCAGUAUGCGUGUAAAGCCUAUUGCACCGCCAGACAGGAGCUCAACAUACUUCUAACAUUGCGGCAUUCGAACAUCGUGCCUCUGAUCGGCAUCGUCAUAAGCCCACUAGCACUUGUGCUCGACCUGGCUCCCGAAGGUGCCCUCAAUAACGCGCUCAAGAAUUACCGGAGAUCCGGCGCUAAGCUCGAUCCUUAUACCUUGCAAGCUAUCAUACUGCAAGUCGCCAAGGCCGUGGAAUAUCUGCAUCAACAGCACGUUAUAUACAGGGACUUGAAGUCUGAAAAUGUACUAGUGUGGCAGAUGCCACUUCCCUUUCAGGGGACCUAUCACGAGCGACCGGUGCACGUAAAAGUCGCCGACUAUGGGAUUUCGCGUCUGACAUUGCCCUCGGGCGCCAAGGGCUUCGGGGGUACGGAGGGAUUCAUGGCACCCGAGAUAAUCAAGUACAACGGCGAAGAAGAAUAUACGGAGAAGGUCGACUCCUUCUCAUUCGGUAUGUUCAUCUAUGAACUGAUCACGCUGAGACAGCCCUUCGAGGGACACGAGGAGGGUGGCAGGCCACCUCUUACAUUCAGGGAGACGCUUCAUCCCUGCUAUGCGCUCGACUUGAUGGUUAUUUGCUGGGCGCAAAAUCCAAGGGACAGACCCACAGCGAGUCAGAUCGUAUCGAUCGCAUCGGCCCCGGAAUUUACGCACUUGAUCGAUGUCACUUUGUUGCCUGAGAAAUCUCAGGUAACAACAAUGAUGAUGAUAAAUCGUCAGAUUGACGAGAAUAUCAUGGGCAACGAGAUCUGGUUGGGGCACUACAACGGGGAGGUCGACAUGCUUUUGGGCACGCAAAAAGGAUGGUUGCAGCACGUGUGCAUCGAUACACCGGUAGUACCCUACGCCAUGUGUAACGUCGAUGGUUACAUCUGGAUAGGUGACAACACAGGACAAUUGCACGUCUACCUCGGUACGAACUUCGGCUGUGUCGGCAAUUUACGCCUCGAACCCGAUAAUCGGAAGGAAUCCCAGAUUGUUGCACUCGUUUAUCUGGAACAACUGAAGCACUUUGCCGUUGCGCUUCUCAGUGGUAAAAUUCUUCUAGUUGCUAAUACUUUCACGCAGAUUCGAAAAAUUGAUAUUAUUGACGCAUCAGUCGAUAAUAUCAAAACCUACUCGCUUGCUGUUAUACCUCGAAAGCGACGUGUCUUUGAAUUAUGGGCAGGACGCAGCUUCGGACGUAUAUCCGUUUAUACCAUUAAGGACAUUAAUCUGUUGGACACCCAGGACUUGGAGCAUGUAAGCGGUGAAACGGCGAGUAAAAAUCUGUUUGCAACAUUCCUGACGAGUGCGGAAAACUCGGUGCUGAGUUACACGUAUCCGGGCUGUGUCGUAUAUCAAUGGGACAUCGAAACGAAGCAAAUAGUUAAUAAAUUGGACAUGUCGAAGUUGGUGCCUUGUUCAGAAAGUCUCAAGUCUAUAUCGAUCGAAGAGAAUCUGACGACGGAGAAGUGUCAGGUUACGGCUUUAGAGACAUGCAUGAAUCAACUGUAUAUUGGAACAAUGUGGGGUUGCAUCGUCGUCGCUGAAUGUAACUCUUUGAGACCCAUCACAGUGUUUAGACCAUUUGAAGGGAAAGUAUCGCAGAUUAUCUCUUCUAAACCGACGGAUAAGAAGAAAAUGUUGAUGACAACGGUAGGUCGAGGUUACAGAAGUUUGAUAUCAAGAUACACAGACUUUCCGAUCGAUUGUUUAGAAGCAGAGGAUCUGAGACAUAAUAUUUAUACGCUACUCUGGAGAUCAGAAUAUUGGUCUGUGGCGUAAAAAGAAAAAAUUUUAAAAGGUCAAAUAAUUCUAUUUCCCUCGAUAAAUGAUUUAUUUAAGGAAUUGAUUAUUGGAUGCAAGAAAAUGGAGGCCCAAAUGAAAGAUUCGUUGCUAAGGCUAAUGGUGGGGGCAAAAUGGGAAAGAAAAUGAAUGUGUUCCUGCAUCUCUAUCAUGGAAAAUUAUUUUUAUAAACAUUAAUAGACGAUGUCAGCAGAUGACACAAUUUUGCCUUUGUAUCGAAUCUUGAAAUU